AUGAGGCAGUGGAUACACGUGGCGGUGGCCGCAUCCGCGGUGGGAUGCGUCUCCACCCUUAUGUUGGUCUUUCUCUGGCGUUUGUGUCACAAAAAAAAUGGCAGGAAAUUCGUUGAACCGGCUAGUUUGACCAGGGUGGAGAGUGUGCAGGGAGGGAUAUCUGUUUCCAGGCUUCAUCAGCAACCUUUUCAGUUGGAUCAGGGGAGCAAGAAUAGCAACAAGGGUAAUUACAAUUACUAUGUUUUUCGCGGUGGUGGGUUGUCGGGGAAGAGAAGCUUCUUUAAUUGGGGUGAUCAUCCAUCCAUGGCAGCUGAUGCUGUUGAAAAUGGAUGGUCAAGAUUUGCCUUCACGGGGUACAAGAGUUACACUCCGUCUCCUUCGAAAAGAUCGGCACUUUUGGGAGCGUGUGCUGCACCGGGAGGAAGUGAUUUUGGGAGAGAAUCAGAGGCUGAGAUAAGCUGGGAAGUGUCACGGGGAUCUGCUGAGUUUAUGCAGAAGGUGAGAAUGAAUCCUGGUAUAAAAAAAUCUCAACAAAACAACAACAAUAAUGGUUCCCUGGGUGUUGCUUCUAUCAUUAGAGGGGCUUUGCCUGUGCCUGGACCUCCUCUGGGGAAUUGUGCGUUCCCACAAGAAGCAUAUUUUGAGAUUACCAUUUUGUACUCACGUGGGGAUGAGAGUGAAUCUGUUGGGAGGAGUGGGGAAGGUGAGAAGACCAAGCUUUUGGUUCAAGGGAACACCAAUGGUAAAGGGAAUUCCGAGGCUUUGGCUCAUGUUACCAGUGGGAAUGGAAGUAAUAAAAUCAACAAUGUUGAAGGGGAGGGUGGGAAAGGUGAAUCUGUGAUGUUCUCGUUGGGGUUAACAAUAGGGGGGUCUGUUCCUUUGAGAGUUCCCGGUAGCUACCCUGGGAGCAUUGGCUUCAACUCCAACGGUUCUCUCUAUCUUGACGGAAUGAAACUUGUACGCGAAUCAGAGAAGGCAGAGUGGGUGGGAACUGAUAGAGUGAUUGGAUGUGGAUUUGAUCCAAGGCAGAAGAAGGUUUUCUUCACAAUAGACUCUGAUCUAAUGCAUGUAAUCCACUGCCAGACAGAGGAAUUUGGCACACCACUUUUUCCAAUCAUGGCUGCAAAUAUAGACAUUAUGGUUUUAGUUAAUUUUGGACAAAGUGCAUUCAAAUAUGCACCUGCCAAUGCCCAGAGAACACCAAAUCCAUGCUUCAUAGCCCCACUUGUAAAUUCCCCUGCUGCUACCUUGGGCUAUGAUGACAGCAAGGAGCUAUUCUCAAUGGGAAGGAUCGAUUCUCAGUGGCUCAAUCGGUCCACGACCAAAGGAAGCCACAACAACAAUAAUAAUAAUAACCAUAACAAUAAUCGAACAUUGGAUUUUGACGAGGAUUCUGAGGCUGAUCUAUUUGAAAUCGUCUUAGAUGGUUCUGGAAAAUGUCCAAACACGGCAUCAUAG